AUGGUUGGAACACGAUAUCUUCAAUUAGCAACAAGUUUGGCAGUGUUUUUAUUGGUUCUAUUUUUAACGUGUACACAAGCAGCUCCAGUAGAUGAUUUUGAAACUGAUAAUGAAGCUUUAAGGAAAGCCUUAUUCAUUGCCAGACUGUUGUCAUCGUCCGAUAGAUUAAAAAACACAAAACCAGAAGGUUCGAAUUUAGAUUUUUCCGAGUUAGCAAGCAUACCAUUCAGUAAUCAACAAAAACGUUACAGACCACCCAUGCAAGGCAGAUCCGGUGGAAUGUCAUUAUGUUUAUGGAAAGUUUGUCCAGCAGCACCAUGGUUAGUGUCCAAACGAUCUGAGAAGACAUGGGACAAGAACAACAUGCUAGGAAAAUAA